AUGAGUGCCCCAGCAUACUACGAGCUGUAUCGCGGCAGCAGCAUCGGCCUGUCCCUGACUGAUACGCUCGAUGACUUGAUCAACGAAGGGCGCAUCGAACCUCAGCUCGCCAUGAAAAUUCUCUCAAAUUUCGACCGCGUCAUAACAGAGGUCCUUGCCGAUAAAGUGAAGUGCAAGCUGUCAUUCAAGGGUCACCUCGAUACGUACCGUUUCUGUGACGAGGUCUGGACCUUUCUUGUCAAAGAUGUCACUUUCAAGCUGGAUGACCAGUCUACGCUACACGCAGAGAAGGUAAAGAUUGUGGGAUGCAACAGUAAGCGACCCGGAGAGGUAUGA